AUGUCAAAAGAUAAAAAGUCCUCUUCCUUCGCGGUUGAUUUCCUUAUGGGCGGUGUGUCCGCUGCAGUAUCAAAGACUGCCGCCGCGCCCAUCGAACGUGUCAAACUUCUUAUUCAGAAUCAAGAUGAGAUGAUCAAGGCUGGCCGUCUUACUGAACCAUACAAAGGCAUUGGUGAAUGCUUCAACAGGACAAUAAAACAAGAAGGCGUUAUCUCCCUCUGGCGUGGCAACACCGCUAAUGUCAUCAGAUAUUUCCCUACUCAGGCGCUCAACUUUGCUUUCAAAGACAAGUUUAAGCGAAUGUUCAAUUAUAACAAGGAAAAGGACGGUUACACAAAAGUAUUCCUUGGAAAUAUCGCUUCUGGUGGUGCAGCUGGUGCUGUAUCUUUGACCUUUGUGUAUUCUCUCGAUUAUGCACGUACUCGUCUUGCAAAUGAUGCUAAGGCUGCCAAGAAGGGUGGUGAACGUCAAUUCAAUGGUUUGGUUGAUGUCUACCGUAAGACUUUGAGAUCUGAUGGCAUUAUUGGGCUUUACAGAGGAUUCAAUAUCUCUUGUGUUGGUAUUAUAAUUUACAGAGGAUUGUACUUUGGGAUGUUCGAUUCACUGAAACCCAUCGUGCUUCGAGGUCAAAUGAAAGAUAGUUUCCUUGCAAGCUUCCUUCUUGGUUGGGGUAUUACCAUCGGUGCUGGUCUUGCUUCAUACCCUAUCGAUACGGUUAGACGUCGUAUGAUGAUGACGUCUGGUGAAGCAGUCAAGUACAAAAGUUCAAUGCACGCAUUCGCCGAAAUUAUCCGCAAGGAGGGUGUUAAAUCUCUCUUCAAGGGCGCUGGUGCUAAUAUCCUUCGUGCUGUCGCUGGUGCUGGUGUGUUGGCCGGCUACGAUAAACUUCAAGUCAUCUUCUUUGGCAAGGCUUAUAAGGGUGGUUCAGGAUAG